AUGUUCUGGAGGAACUUGAAGCAUUCUGAUGAAUUUGCCCAGGAUCUACGCCGGACAUACAACUCUAUAAAGACAACAGUUAUCCAGGGGUGUUUGCACGAUCAAUACUUGCCUGUAAUUUCUGCAACCAUAUAUUUGAAGUAUGUGGGUGCAACGAAGCUGCCCACCAUGUUCAUGGGAGGCCAAAUGGACUUUUUCGGAUCACACGGCUACAAUAAGCCCGGAGUACCUGGUGAGGACCCAGGGCCAGUUUGCAAAGCUCAUUAUCACUACGAGUGGCGGCCGGCAGAAAAAACGAGCUACAACUUGAUUAAUACUAAGGAACUAUGA